UGUUAUUAGAACGCCUAUUACACUGCACACUACAGAAUUUUAUCUGGCAGACAUCCAAUUACAAUAAUAAUAAUAAAUAGAAAAAUAAACACUAUUAGUUAUUUUUCUUUUAGCACAGUGAUUGAAUUCAAUGCUUUGUGAUUCGUAAUCAUUUCUAAUAACAAUACUUUUUUUUAAAUUUGUUUGUAACUAUGGAAAAUGUUAAUACUGAUAAAAUUCAUGACAAUGAAUUGAAAAUAACAACUACAAAACCUAUUCAUAACACUACAACUUUAAUACAAGGUAUCAGUGAGACAACAGAAUAUCACAUCAUUACUGAUGCCUACUGGACUGAGAAAGAACAAAGGGCUACAGUUAUUAUAGCCGUAGCGUUAGUAGCAAUUAUCACAAUUUGUGUAAUUUUAAUUAUUCUACGAACAUUGAGAAAGAAAUCAAAUAAAAAAUCCAGCGGAUUUCCUAUUACGAACCAAAAGAAAACAUCUCAAUCCGAUAAAAUUAACAAAGUAGAAGCGAGAGGAAAUUAUUCGGGUAUGUCCAAUGAUAACCAUGGCGAACCUAAGUGGAUUAUGCAGCAACAAUUAACAGUAGGCCAUACAUCUGAUAGGAUAAGGAAAGUCCCGACACGAAACCCGGAAAACAAGAAAUGGUACGAUUCAGCAGCAAUUCCUUUUAUGGAUGAUGUGUCUUCAUCGACGGACAACAUGCACACAGAUCAACUUGAAAAUCAACAAAUAUGAUUAAAUGUAUAUAUCUUCAGUAUGUAAAGAUAAUCAUUAAGAAGUUAAUAUGUAAUUAUUGA